AUGCCUCGAAGCCGCAUACGACAAACUUGUAUUGAAUUUGAAAGGCCAACAAAAGAAUCGUUGGAAGAAAGAAGUAGUUUGAGGCUUGGUCCAAAUGCAUCGCACAUUGAGCGGUUAGUAGCAAACACUAGCUGCAGAAAAGCGUUGCAGGAGGAUCUUUUGAAGUACAGGCAGAAGAAGAUUCUGGAAGCAGCACAAAGAAGAACGAGUCUAAAGAAGUGCCGCAGGGAUUUCCGCGAAUAUAAUAUUCCGCUGGCAGCCUUACUGAGCGAAGAUGGGACUAGCACUUUUUCUCGUCGUGGGAUGGAAAUCAUUACGGAGAGGUUCUACUCGAACCUUUUCCGUUCAUCAACUCACGUGCCAAGCUCGAUCAUCCCCACUGAUGAAGCUCCACCACAGAUUCUCCCUUCGGAAGUACGAGUCGCUAUCAAGAGCAUGAAACCUAGCACAGCCCCCGGACCUGAUUUUAUAUCAGCAGACUUUCUUCGAACUGGUGGCCAUCCACUUCAUGUAAUCUUAGCAGCGCACAUGACAUCCUACCUUCAGAGAGAAAGGAUCCUAGAGUAG